UCCGCUGCAACAGAACAAGAGAGGAAGCUGCCGUUAGUGUCAGAUUCAGCGGGACUGGAUCCAAGUUUUUCUCUUCUCCAGAUCGGAACCAAAGUAAUCCGGACUGCAGCGAUCCAUUCUGAGAAGGUUCUGUUUCCAGGUGUCAGUGGGUCCCGGAUCACACCUGGCGGAGCUGCUGGUGGGAAUUUUUACCACAAAGAUUCAACUUUGACCCCAACAGCUGGACCUUCUGGGGAAACGUUCAGAGUAAACCUGAGAUCAGCUGGAUCCAGGACUGAACGGACCUCGGACCUCUUCAGAACAUGAGCAGCUCGGCUCAGAGGAAGCGGCGACCCGCUGGAAGCUCUGUGGUCUCCAGAACCAGAACCAAGACCAGCAGAGCGGCCAGCGGUCGGACCCGCAGGGCAGCCGGCGCUGGAGACCCCGCCCCCCCCACAGAGCCCAUUGACGUGAUGGACGGCGCCGAGGACGGUGUGGAGGAGGUGGUGGACCUCACCUGCGAGGGAUCAGAGUCUGCUGUGGUCGACCUGACGACCAACAACGAGUCUGUGCUGCUGGUGGACGAAGGGCCUCCAGGUGAAAGCUAUGUUCUGAGCAGUGAUGAAGAUGAAGACGCGCCCACUGUCGUUCAAGCUGCCAUCACCGCUACUGCACACACGUCCAGGUUGACUCCAGGUCUCAUCAGCUGUCCCGUCUGUCUGGACCUGUACUCCGAGAUCGUAGAGAGCGGGCGAUUGGUCGUCUCCACGAAGUGCGGCCACGUGUUCUGCAGCCAGUGUCUGAGGGACGCUCUGACAUCAUCACACACCUGCCCCACCUGCAGGAAGCGGCUCACCUCACGCCAGUACCACCCUCUUUACAUCUGACACCUGGUGACAUCAUCAGCGGACUGAGCUGCUAUUGGCUGUCCUCAGUGACGUCAUCAGCGGUUGCUGAAAAUGUUUUUUUUUUUUUUUUACUUUAGGCUUAAAAUCGGCAGAUUGAGUGAUGUUUUCUUAUUAAAUAAAUAUUAUGGAGGAACAACAGCUGCUUGACUGAUUGGUCAGAUGGCAUUAGGCCCCGCCCACCAGGUCAACCACUCAGCUCAGAGAACCAAAUUCAAACUAUCAUGGUUUCCAUUGUGUUGAUUUCUGAAGUUCAGUUCUAAAAUAAGCAGUACCGCAGAAGGUCCAGUAGGGGGCGUGGUGUGACUCCAGAGAGUCCAGCAGCUGCUGUUUGAAGGUUCUGGUUCCGGUUCAGUCGUUUCAUCUGUAAUUUAAACUUUUAUCUUUCACCUUUUUAAAUAAAAUCUGUUCUCAAAUUAUUUAACUUCCUCCAAAGUUUAUUUUUACUUGCUGUUUGGACCCUGGGAGCACCAGAACCAACCUGGAGUUACCUCAUCACAACAGAACCGGUCCGAUGGGAAUAACUGUUCUGAAUCAGAAAAAGGUUCUGGAGAGAGGGAGAAAUCUCUUCUGAAGGAGUUCCUCAGGGUUCAGUUUAAUCAUCUAUACGAACAUCUGCAACCGUAAUAAAAAUGCUAAUUAUCAUUUCUGCUUCGUUCAACAUAACUUGAUUAUCAGUUCUAAACUCACUCAGGAGUUAAACGUUUACUCUCUCCGGUACAGAAAUCAGAACUAAAAGAUAAACUGGACUAGAUCCUAAAAAAAACUUCAGAGAAAAGUAAAAACUUGUAACUUGUCUGUUGUCAGCUGGAGGUCGAUGACCUGAAGGAGCAGAACGGAAAAGUUCUUCUGGAUCACAUCUGGGUCUUCAGUUUUCCUGCUGAGUCAUGAUCCAUCAGGGCUUUCAUCCCGUGACGCUGACUCAUCACCUCACCCACUUCCUGCUUUGGGAGAUAAAACUUUAUUGACAAUGAGAAACAAACAGCAGACUAGAAGCUUCUGGAUCCUCCACAGAACCUUGAGCCCGAUUCUGAAUCUGGUUCUGGUCGGACCGGUUCUGUUCCAUCUAACUGAACUGGUGCUGGUUUUUUGGUGACGUUGGAUCACCUGAAUGAUUCCUAAAAUAAACACAACGACAUUUAAAGAUCACUGAGGUUUUUAAGGUCACCGACACGUUGACAUGUUGGAUUUUAUUGUUUUAUUUCUCAUUGUUUUGUUCUGCUGCUCUAUUUAUAAACACUGAGUUUAUAAAUAGUUUCAUAAUAAAUAAAUGAAAACAUG